CCGGGAGCAGCCGCGGAGCCGCGGGUCCGCCCUGCGCUCCGCCCCGCAACGGCCCGGCGGGUCCCGGGCCCGGGCCCGCCCGUUGCAGGCUCCGCGCUUCCCCCGCCGCCAAGCAUGGCCGACUACCUGAUCAGCGGGGGUACGGGCUACGUCCCCGAGGAUGGCCUCACGGCCCAGCAGCUCUUUGCCAUCGCCGACGGCCUCACCUACAACGACUUCCUGAUCCUCCCAGGCUUCAUCGAUUUCACGGCGGAUGAAGUGGACCUGACCUCGGCGCUGACCCGCAAGAUCACCCUGAAGACGCCGCUCAUCUCGUCGCCCAUGGACACGGUCACUGAGUCGGACAUGGCGAUCGCCAUGGCGCUGAUGGGCGGCAUCGGGAUCAUCCACCACAACUGCACCCCGGAGUUCCAGGCCAACGAGGUGCGCAAGGUGAAGAAAUUUGAGCAGGGCUUCAUCACGGACCCGGUGGUGAUGAGCCCCACGCACAACGUGGGAGACGUCUUCGAGGCCAAGCUGCGGCACGGCUUCUCGGGGAUCCCCGUCACCGAGACGGGCAAGAUGGGCAGCAAGCUGGUGGGCAUUGUCACCUCGCGGGACAUCGACUUCCUCACCGAGAAGGACUAUGCCACCUACCUCAGCGAGGUGAUGACGAAGCGAAACGACCUGGUGGUGGCACCCGCCGGGGUCACCCUGAAGGAGGCCAAUGAGAUCCUGCAGCGCAGCAAGAAAGGGAAGCUGCCCAUCGUGAACGACAGCGACGAGCUGGUGGCCAUCAUCGCCCGCACGGACCUGAAGAAGAACCGCGACUACCCGCUGGCCUCCAAGGACUCCCGCAAGCAGCUGCUGUGCGGGUCAGCCAUCGGCACCCGCGAGGACGACAAGUACCGGCUCGACCUGCUCACGCAGGCCGGCGUCGACGUGGUGGUGCUGGACUCCUCCCAGGGCAAUUCCGUGUACCAGAUCGGCAUGAUCCAUUACAUCAAGCAGAAAUACCCUGAGCUGCAGGUGAUCGGUGGGAAUGGAUCCACAGUGGUGACAGCGGCGCAGGCCAAGAACCUGAUUGAUGCAGGGGUGGACGGCCUGCGUGUGGGCAUGGGCUGCGGCUCCAUCUGCAUCACACAGGAAGUGAUGGCGUGCGGCAGGCCCCAGGGCACAGCGGUGUACAAGGUGGCGGAGUACGCCCGCAGGUUCGGUGUGCCCGUGAUCGCCGAUGGCGGCAUCCAGACCGUGGGGCAUGUGGUGAAGGCGCUGUCUCUAGGAGCCUCUACGGUGAUGAUGGGCUCCCUGCUGGCAGCCACCACGGAGGCUCCGGGCGAGUAUUUCUUCUCAGACGGCGUGAGGCUGAAGAAGUAUCGGGGGAUGGGCUCGCUCGACGCCAUGGAGAAGAACAGCAGCAGCCAGAAGCGAUACUUCAGCGAAGGGGAUAAGGUGAAGGUGGCGCAGGGCGUCUCCGGCUCCAUCCAGGACAAGGGCUCCAUCCAGAAGUUCGUCCCAUACCUGAUCGCGGGGAUUCAGCAUGGCUGCCAGGACAUCGGGGCCAGGAGCCUCUCCAUCCUCCGCUCCAUGAUGUACUCGGGCGAGCUGAAGUUCGAGAAGAGGACCAUGUCGGCCCAGAUCGAAGGCGGCGUCCAUGGCCUCCACUCUUACGAGAAGCGGCUAUACUGACGACGGGCUCCGAAGCAGCAGCCAGCGCGCAGCUCCCAACGUCCCUGCCCCGGUCGCCGCCCGCCGCCUGUAGCCCAGCCCUCCCCUCCCAGCGCCGGGACAGCGCUCCGACCUCGCCACGCAGGGAUGGAUUUGCACUACGGCCAAGAGCGUCUCGCCUGCCCGGAGCCACCUUUGGCCAGGACCUGGCCCUGGCUGGACGUCCGGCAGCCAGGUUUCCCCAGCGCCUGGGGCUGGCCUGGUGCCAGGCCCCGGGAACCAGCCCCCUGGACUGGGCAGAACAGAGAGCAGGUGCUGGCAAGAGCUGCUGGGGGGGGCCACUGCCGGCUGGGCAGGAGCAUUUCAGCACUUAGCACUGAGCAGUGCCCCCAGCUCCUGCCUGCUGCAUCUUCACGGGCAGCCAGGGCCUGGCUGGAGCCUGCAUCCCCCCCCACUCCACCCAUCCUGCUCCGCUACACUCCCCACCGCUGCUGCCCUCCAUGGACACUGCUCCCCCAGCACCAGCGGCGUGGCCCGUCCCCCCCCACCAGAGCUAGUGCUGCAGCGGGGCUCACUGCUGGGCACAGGCCAGGGGGGGGCUGGCCCUGCAGCAGGGCAGUGACGGGAGACCCAGGGAUCUUGCUGACAGCCCGGGCCUGGCUCCGGCCCAGUAGCCCCUGGGCUUGAAGGGAUUUUAUAAACUUGUACAGGAGGCUGAGCCUUGCCUCGGCUAUUAACCCUCUGAUGCCCAGGGGCUGUCUUACCCUGCCCCCAAGGCUGUUCGUUAGUCCUGGACCAAACACAUGGACCAGCCACCUCCCCUCCAGUCCUUGUCCCUCUCUGCAGAGCCCCCGGGGUGUCAGCCCACUGCACGCCUGGCAGCUGCUCUGGGGCUCCUGCAGCUUGCCCAGCCACAGGGUGACGUCCCUCUGGGACAGCAGCUGCUCUCGGUGAGGCAGGGGGCAGGAGUGACCCCCACAGCUGGAAUGGGGCCUGGCCACCCCUCUGCAGCCCACCUCAGGCUCUGCGGGGCUGGCCAGCUGUUUCCUUCACUCGGUUUCUGCCAGAUGAGUUUAAAUCUCCUUUUUCUGUCACUGCAGCUACUGGCGAGUCCCGGCCUCUCCCCCUGCAGCACCGACCCCCCUACUCAUUGGAAGGCUUUAACUUUGCACAUCUGGGGUCCAGUGUUUGUAAUUGUGUAUUGAAGAAUAAUAAUAAAGUAAUACAGCAUCGG